GUGAACAGUGAUGUAGUCUUCUGGCAGCGGACAGCUUGUGGAACAUUUGCUGUGAUCCACGUUGACAAGAACGCAAUAGGUCACUGCAUCAGCACCAAGGCUGUCGGCUCAGACAAACGUGUGGAUAUCACACACCAAUACAAACACCCAGAAGGUUCAGAGGAGGAGCGCCAUGCUGUGGAAACUGCCCUUCGUCAUGGCUGCAGGAAAUGCGUAUACCCACUGCCCUGCGCUGAGGAUGUAGUCUGUGAUAUCACCAUGAAGGGUGAUGGACCAUGUGUGGGCAAGGAUGCCAUGCUCUGCAUCGCUCUGAAGAACAAAUGCAGCUCACCUCGUAGCGUCACCCUCCACAGCCAAGUGUCUGCCACAUACUACACUGGAGUUCACAAAGCCUUGGUGAAGAAGGACCAGACAUGCUUUGAGCUCAAGGCCAGUGAAA